AAUUUGAAGUUUUCUAGCUUAAAUGUUGUCCAAAUUACCUGAACUAGGACUAUCAGGAUUGAGUAAUAGUUGCUUAAGGUCAAAAUGUCAGAAAGAAGGUGGACUUCGUUUCCUGAUUUUUGGAACAGGGAGCUAAUUGUAAUGAACCCCAUAUACGGACCCCACCCAUACGGAUGUGAGACUGGUCUUGAGAAAGUCUUUUUUCUAAAUAAACGAUUUUGGUUUUUUUUUCCUCCUAAAUUGAAAUUUUCUGGACAUGUUUUUGUUUUUGCAGGCUAAGAGGUCACUCUAGGGAAUAACUACAUACAUGUAUUGGUGCCCAUAUAUGGAACUCUUCCCAAAAAAACCUAUUUAAUGAGCAGUCAGUUCUAGAGUAGAGGGUGUAUCUGUUGACUUUAUCGCUGCAUGGGACACCCCUAGAACUCUGUUGGUCAUCAUCUGCCGCACUCCCCAGAGUUCUAGGGGUAUGCUUGGGAUGUACAUGUACAUGUAUGCAAGCAUCAAGCAAAUACCUUCACUUUCAGUUGAUCCUGUCCAAAAGCCGUAAAAAAGACUGCAACAUCAAGAUGAAGUUCCAACUUCACAAAAUCCAGCAGGCAGCUGGUCGACUCGCAACCUUGUCUGAAUUAGGUCGCCGUGGUAAUGUCUCCAUGGAAACCCCAGAUUGCAUGCUGUACACACGCUGUGGUUCUGCACCCCACCUGUCGCAUGCCUUACUCGGUGGCAUUGAUGGAGUACCGGCUGUCACUCAUAUACCAUUACCGACAAUUGUUGAGAGUGUUGAGAUCUUGGAAGCUUUCGGGCAAGGGGUAGCGGCAUUUACUGGGCGACCUGAUGCAGUUGUGUGUACCAGCACUCAGGAUCCCAGGGAGUCCACGCCAACUGGGUACAAUGAUAAGAACAGUGUGUCUGUUUGGGCCUCGGGCGGCAGGAGAAAGCUGACGGUUGAGGGAUUCCUGGAUCUUCAGGAAGCCCUGCAGCCUGACUGGAUGGAGGCUCUGGCCGACGGAGACACCCCAGUCAGUUCCUCCACUAAACGUGUCAAGAAGUCAGUUGACAGGACCUUGGAGUUCCUUGACCAGUGCCUGGACGCCCAGCGGAGAAGGCAGCAGAAACUCAGGGACAUUGAUGUUUUUGGAGUGAUUGAAGGUGGGGAGCUGCUUGAGGAGAGACUAAGGUCAGCUUGUGAGACAGCCAAGAGACCUGUGGCUGGGUUUGUCCUGGAUGGUUUCCAUGAAGAGUCGAUGGAUGACAGGGCCAGAUGGGGCAUAAUGAAAGCUGUGUUGGAUGAAAUUCCUGAAGACAAACCGAGGUGCCUGCCCAGAGUUGGCCGACCUGACGAGGUGUUGGAUGCUGUGGAGCUGGGAGUGGAUAUAUUUGAUUCAGUCUUUCCAUAUGAUGUGACAGAGCGGGGUUGUGCCUUAGUGUUCUCCUUCAUGCCUGUGCCGUCGGCACAGAACGAUGAUAUUGUCUCGAGACCUGCACCUGAUGGCCCUGUAUCUGGUGCGGUGGCAGACAGAGGUGGAGGAACCACUUGUGAUUUGGAAAGACAGGGCGGGAACGGGGAUUUGAACGGCAGGACAGUGUAUGAAAUGAACCUUUCCGAUCAAAGAUACGUGGAUGACUUCACUGCUGUGGUUGUGGGAUGUCAGUGCUAUUGUUGCAUCAAUCACACGCGAGCCUACAUCAACCAUCUUAUCAAUGCCAAGGAGCUGCUUGCGAGAGUACUGCUUAUGAUACACAAUUUCCAUCAUUACUUCCGGUUCUUCCGAAGUAUACGCAAGGCAUUACAAGAUGGAACCCUGCAAGAGCUAAAGGCAGAGAUCAACAACUGUAGGUGAUGCCAGCUUCAUUGCGAAACAUUAAAAACUGUGUGAACCAUUCGGGACCUCAUUGGACUUUUGACUUUACAGAUAUGACACUUGAGGUAGUGAAGAUUUCAUUGAUAAAUCUGUGCAGGGUUCAUUGGGAUUAUUGUAAUGUCAGGCUUGUGGGAGACAUCUAGUUUGGACUAGUCGCAUUAGUAGCCAUGAUGUCAUUCAGAGCUGACCAGCUUUUACGUGACAUGACCGACUUGUCAUUACAUGAACCAGCUGUGGUUGUCACUUUGUUUAAUAUGGUAAUGGACAUCAUUUAGCUUCUGUGAGCCAUCCUUUUUUUCUGGGUUUCCUAGCUUCGCACAGUGCGAAGAUGUGCAAAGAUGACUCUUCCCAGGCCGCAUGAAGACAAUUAGUGCAGUACUCACAAGCUUGUUAACUCCUGAUGUGCGCAAGAGUAAUUGAAAUUACCCACUUGCAAUUACUUGUCUUAGCCCAUAAGCGUUGAACCUGUCGUCCAGUCAGUCAUAAGAAAUGGCAUUCUCACUUUGUUUUUAAUAGAAAAUGACUUCUUGUGACAGGGCACAAGAAGUCAUUGACUACACAAGAAGGACUUGAAUACAGUGCUGUCUGCCUUAAGUCUCUUAACCACAGUAAAGUGAAAGUUUAUGUACUGUUCUCUGGUUGUGUGAUGUGCCUCACCCCAUUGCGCCUUGAAAUAAGAGUCAAACUCGUGAGUUUUAUUAUCAGCUACAGCCAAGUUUUUGAAUGCAGUGUAAAGGACAGGGUAACCACAGUGACUUAAUGCUGCAAAAACGACCUCUUGUGUCCAGCAAGGAGUUUCCUUGACAUUGAAAUACGUUUGUGAAGUGGGUAAAAAUCAGUUUCAGAUGUGUGAAAAGCACUCAGUUGUUUAUCAUAGACUACUGCAGACUUUCAAGCUUUUUAAUAGAGAAUAAAGCUUUAUGUAUGAUUUUCCUUAUUAUUUUCAUAAUGUCAAUGGAAACACAAAUCAAUACUGAGUAACAUUACAAUGAAUAUCAAAGUCAUAACUUAACUGAGUCAAGUUUAAAUAGUAACACGAAACAGUAUUGCAUUCAAAAAGCAAUAAAAUGCCAAAAGAAUCAAGAAAUGUUUGUA